AUGGCUGCCGAGGGAGAUAUAUCAAAGCACCCUGAUACCAUAGCUACAGAGAUUGCCAGUAAAGAUGGACCCGACCGAGAUGUUUCAGGCGACAUCAUUGAAGACGGCCUUCGUCGAGGGUUGAAAGGAAGGCAGUUCGUGAUCAUUGCCUUGGGCAGUAUCAUUGGACCUGGAUGUCUCUACGGACUCGGCCUAGGGUUCUAUGAAGCAGGGCCGCUGGGCGUUCUGAUCUGCUUUGCGAUCACUGGACUUUCUAUGUGGAUACUCAUGCAGAGUGUGGGAGAAGUUGCUACUCUGUUCCCCGUGCAUGGGGGCUUUGUCGAGCAUUGCGGCCGCUUCGUCGACCCCGCCCUCAGUUUUGCAAUGUCCUGGAUGUACUAUUUCAUGUGGAGCGUGUUUUUGGCUGGAGAUUGGAAUAAUGCCGCCGUCAUUCUUCAAUACUGGUUUCCUACCACUACAGUGCCAAUCUGGGCGUGGUACAUUAUCUUCUGGGCUGUCUUUUCGGCAAUCACAACGCUGGGUGUCGGUUUCUACGGGGAGGUUGAGUAUUUCUUCGGAAUGUUCAAAUUCGUGUCCCUGGCUGUCCUGUUCUUCAUCUCAAUCUUGGCCAAUGUUGGAGCUUUUGGCAACGGCUAUGUAGGGUUCAAAUACUGGGGGGAACCGUAUGGUCCUAUACGCAACGGAAUCAACGGCUUUGGCCAGGUGUUUGUCAUGGCUGCAGCAUUUUACGUAGGCACAGAAAUCGUGUCUGUCGCGGCAGGAGAAUCUAAAAACCCUAAACGCGAUGUACCCCGGGCUACAAACUCCGUCGUGUGGCGCAUUCUAUUCGUUUUCAUCGGCAUAGCCUUCUUUCAAGGCCUCAUCUGUCCCUCGAAUUCCGACCAACUGGUUAAUGCUAGUUCAACCGUCGCUUCAUCGCCUUUCACGAUUGGAUUCGUGCUGGCAGGAUGGAAAUCGGCCGGCGAAUUUGUCAAUGCCAUCAUUCUCAUAGCAUUUAUUUCGGCUGCCAAUGGGGUGGUGUACAUUCAGUCUCGGACCCUGUACUCGCUGGCUUUGACACAAAAGGCACCGGCCUUUUUCGCUGCGACAACUUCGAGAGGCGUCCCGUACCGAGCAAUUCUCUUCUCCAAUCUCUGGGGCUUCCUCUCCUUGAUGUCCAUGAAAACCAGCAGCGGCGCCGUCUUCACGUAUAUCACUGACUUCGGCGGCACAGCAGCAUACAUCGCCUGGGCGUCAAUCACCUUUGUGCAGCUCCGAGUGCGAGCGGCUGCCCGGGCACAAGGCAUCGACCGCAAAACAUUUCCAUUCGUCGCACCUGGGGGAUCGUGGGUUUAUUGGCUGAAUUUUGCCUUUAACCUUUUCAUUCUUUUGAUCCAGGGAUAUGCCUCUUUCGAGACGCCGUUCAGCUAUCAGACGUUUAUUGCAUGCUAUAUUAGUCUGCCGCUGUUCUUUGUCUUGUUCUUUGGGUAUAAAUGGUGGUUUAAAACGAAGUGGGUUCCGUUAGAAGAGAUUGAUUUCUCGGAUAGGAGGAUAUACCACGACGAUUACCAGAGUGAGCGAGAUACUCGCUCUUGGACGAGGAAAUUACUUGAUGUUAUGAAGGAUUGA